AAACGUGAAAUAGGACUCAGCUGUGUUAUGUGUGUAUAUAUGUUAUGUGAGAAAACUCCAAGUUGGUCCUCAGCUCGAGAAAGUCCAGUCACUCAUGUUGCCAUCAUGGCCCAGCUCCCUGCUGCAGUGAAACACAGGUGUACUCCCUGACUCCUGUGACAUCACUGUUAGGUGUCCAACACAACACAUUAGACCGAACUUAUUAAUGUUCCUGAGUGUGAUUGGGUCAGACUUGAAAGAGGCUUGAAACAGAGAGCAGCAAAACACUGCUUUUUAGCCUGGUGUUAAGUUACUCUUUAAGAGCUGUUCUCUUUGUGGCUGGUAUGGACAGGAAAAACUCUUUCAAGUUUAUUUUGAUAUGUGAGUAUAAUAUUUACUAAUCUUAAAAACAAUGUCAGAUUUAAAUAAGCAAUAAUUUCAAGCAACAGAGCACACAAAGUGGACAAUUUGUAAAUUGUACAAACUGUCUUUAGAAUAUAGUGUUUGAUGACUCAGGCAUCCAAGUGCACUCUGGGGACUCUACUGGACAACAAGGAGCAGCAGAGUGACAAUGGCAGUGUUUCAUUCACAGUUAAAAUUUCAGCAGUAUUAUUUAGUAGUAUUUUGUUCAGGCUUUCUACCAGAUUCUGGAACCUGACUGCAGGGAUUUUUAUUUUUUUUUACCACUGAGCCACAAUCAGAGCGCAUCAGAGAGGUCCAGCACUGAUGCUGGUGGAUCAGAGCUGGUUCAGUGUCUGCAUUCCAGCUCAUCCCAAAGGUGUUGGGUGUGGUUGAGGUCAGAGCUCUUUGCAGGCUGGUCAGGUUCUUCCAUACCAAAUUGGGGAAACAAUUUCUUUAUGGAAAUGACUUUGUUUCAUGUUGGAACUCUUUCCUUGAACUUGGAAGAACUCUUCAGUAUUGUUACAUUCCGGAUUAAGAUUCCCCUUCAUUGGAACUAAGGCACCCAGAUCCAGGCCAAGAGUGGGCUAAUAAAUAUUCUCAGUCACAGUAUAUAUCAAACAAAAGGCAGUUUUCAAUUUCAGAAUCACCAGGGUCACAUUUGUUGCCAUCAGAAUCAAAGUAGUGGAAGAAUCACAAAUCACAAAAAUGAAAUCUAUCAUAAUGUUUACUUUUAAAGCUUAUUCUUGAUUUGAGGUUAUUCUGUGAAAAGAGCUGUUUCCAAGGUCGAGACUCAACUUUAAAUCUCAACUUUCAUGCCUACAUCUAACUUUUUGAUCUUGUUAACCUUGUUUUUUAGUAUUUUAUGAAACACAUAAUGAGAAAAAUAACCCAUCUGUGCCAUGGCUGAGUGCUCCUGCUUUAGAACUGCAGUGUACCAAGGACAACCUAAAAAAACAAAUACAGACAGCCAGCGUUCCGUAUGUCACAAACAUGUAUACAUGUAGGUGUGCAGGUUUAGCUUAUUACUUCCACAUACAUUCCCUACUUAUUUUCUAUACUUAUUGAAGUUGUAGACUCACAUCCAAGCCACGUAGGGAUUGAUCCUUGGAAAGAAUUCCAGAUAUGUGAUGGUGAUGAAGAGAAAGAGUUUUCAGAGUUUUAAUUAAUGCCAGGAGAGAAAUUUGAAGACUGGAUCUGUAAACCCUUGACAUUACCAGAUCAUCUCAAACAGCAUGUUUUCAACUGGCUCUGCAUUAGAGGAUGAUAAGAGUACAGUGAAAAUCCUUCCCCAGGGGUCAGCUCAGAGGGUUUCAGCCCCCGACAGUGAAAGACGGCCUCGCUGACCAAUGAGAAGGCAGACAUGUCUCGGUUUUUCUUGGGUCACGGUGUAAUGGAACCAAUCGGACAGCAGUAGAGGCGGGGCCGGGCAGUGUAGGCGUGUCCUGCGCUACAAAGUCACUCCAGCCCGAGUAACUGCAACUUCUCUAACUUAGGAAAAGUUGCGCUGUUUGCUCAGAGCUUUGCAAAGCGCUCCAGUCCCCUCACAUUAGAACCAUCCACCUUUCUCCAGUUCUUCUACCCUGCUUUGCUUUGUCAUGCAUAACAGCCAUGUUCUUCAUCUGCUGCUCUCUCUUCUCUGCAUCGGAUUGACUGUCCAGUCUGAGCUGGAGACAGAUGAAGUGGUUCCAAGGCUGCUGUCCGGGCAGGAGCCGCACCUGUCCUCCGACCACAUUGUCCGCACUAUGCGCCACCGCGGACAGCGCUCCCUGGACGGCCCGGGGGGAGGACACUCUGACCCGGAGAAUAUAAUUCUGUCGCUGCCCGCUUUUGGAAGGAACCUGUAUCUAAACCUGACGCGCGACAGUACGUUUCUGUCAGGGGACUUCGUGGUGGAGGAGAGGCGCAGGGACCAGAGCGCAGCAGUGAGCCGCUUAUCCACCAACCGGCUCUGCUUCUACUCCGGCUCCAUCGUCAACCACACAGACUCUCUGGCAUCUCUGAGCACCUGUGGCGGCCUGACUGGGCUUAUCCAAAUUGGGGAGGACAGCCUGUUCAUUCAGCCAGUGGAUGAAAACGACCCAUCGAUAUCCUUCUCUGGACUAAAACACCGGCUGCAGCGACAGAGGCGCUCUGUUGAGACCAGCUCCGCUCCAGAUGCUGAAGACCCUAACUACUGUGGGACUGUACAAGGAAAGAAGAAGGAGAAGAUCUCAAAAGUGGCCGAGGAUGGUCGUGGGAAGAGAAAUGCCAUUCGGCUGCAUGAAGCCUACACUGUGGAGACGGUGGUGGUGGCAGACUCUGAUAUGGUGCAGUACCACGGCGCAGAGGCAGCACAGAGGUUUCUCCUGACAGUCAUGAACAUGGUCUACAACAUGUUCCACCAUCAGAGUCUUGGAAUCAGGAUCAACAUUCGAGUCACCAAGCUGGUGCUGCUUCACAGCCGCCCAGAAAAGCUAAAGGUUGGCCAUCAGGGAGAGAGGUCUCUGGAGAGCUUCUGUCAGUGGCAGUAUCAAGAGUUUGGGGGCCCACGGUACCUCGGCUCCAACCACAUUCCCGGUGGAAGGGACGACAUCCCACCAGUGGACACAGCUGUGUUCGUCACCAGGACAGAUUUCUGCGUUCACAAGGAUGAACCCUGCGAUACUGUCGGUAUUGCUUAUUUGGGUGGCAUCUGCAGUGCCAAGAGGAAGUGUGUGCUAGCAGAGGACAAUGGACUUAAUCUGGCCUUCACCAUCGCUCACGAGCUGGGACACAACAUGGGAAUGAGCCAUGAUGAUGACCACGCCACCUGCACUGGUCACUCUCACAUCAUGUCAGGUGAAUGGGUAAAAGGAAGAAACCCCAGUGACUUGUCGUGGUCGUCCUGCAGCCGCGAUGACCUCGAGAACUUUCUCAGGUCCAAAGCCAGUGCCUGCCUACUGCACACCGACCCCAGGAGCCGUUACCAGGUCCGCCUUCCUCCCAAGCUGCCAGGCAUGCACUACAGUGUGGAUGAACAGUGCCAGAUUCUGUUUGGAACCAAUGCCACUUUCUGCAACGACAUGGAGCACCUGAUGUGUGCUGGCCUGUGGUGUUUAGUAGAGGGUGAUGCAUCCUGUAAAACUAAACUGGAUCCUCCUCUGGAUGGAACAGAGUGUGGAGCAGACAAGUGGUGCAGGGCAGGCGAGUGUGUGAGUAAGACUCCCAUCCCUCAGCAUGUGGAUGGUGACUGGAGUUCAUGGAGCCAGUGGAGCAUGUGCAGCAGGACCUGCGGUACCGGAGUCCAGUUCAGACAGAGGAAAUGUGACAACCCCCCGCCUGGUCCUGGUGGAAGACAUUGUCAGAAGACCAGUGUGGAGCACAAAGCCUGUGAAGGUCCUCCCUGUCCCAAGGGGACACCCAGCUUCAGAGACCUGCAGUGUUUGUCCUACGACCGCCUCGCCAGCAAGAAAAAGGGCAGCAUGCUGACUGCUAUAAUUAAUGAUGAAAAGCCGUGUGUGCUGUUCUGCAGCCCGGUGGGUCGAGAUGUCCCAGUCCUGAUGACUGACAGAGUGAUGGAUGGGACACCCUGUGGACCAUACGAAGCCGACCUAUGUGUUAACGGAAGGUGUCAGAAAAUUGGCUGUGACGGCAUCAUUGGCUCUUCUGCCAAAGAGGACCGCUGUGGUGUUUGUAAUGGAGAUGGGCGCUCCUGUAAGAUAGUGAGAGGAGACUUCAACCACACCAAAGGAAUGGUCACCACUAGGCAAUGUAAGAGGGUAUCUACCUGUGUGAUGGCUAAACCCAGAGCUGUCCCCAAGUGUUUCUCAUGCUACAUCGAGGCUGUGGUUAUCCCUGCAGGAGCCCGCAGGAUCAAAGUUGUGGAGGACAAACCCUCACAUAGUUUUCUGGCCCUGAAAGACUCUAGUGAGAGGUCCAUCAACAGCGACUGGAAGAUCGAGCUUCCAGGAGAGUUUGAGCUGGCCGGAACCACGGUGCGCUAUGUUCGAAGGGGACUGUGGGAGAAGAUGUCAGCCAAGGGACCCACUAAGACCCCCUUACACUUGAUGGUGCUGCUCUUUCAUGACCAGAGUUAUGGAAUCCACUAUGAGUACACGGUGCCCCUGAACACAACACAAGACAGGGUCAGUGAGGAGCACAAAGAGCCAGAGUAUCUCUACAUCUGGACACACAGCAGCUGGCAGGACUGUACUGUCCAGUGUGGAGGAGGUGAGAGGAGGACAGUGGUGUCUUGUAUGAGGAUAGCCAAUAAAACCAUGGAGGUGGUCAAUGAUAGUUACUGUCAACCUGAGAACCGACCACACCCCCAAGUACGACUCUGCAACUCCCAUCCCUGCCAGUACCGGUGGGUGACAGGAGAGUGGGGAGCCUGCUCCGUCACGUGUGGUAAAGGUCUUCAGCAGAGGGAGGUGGUGUGUGUUUACCACCUGCAGAACGGCUCACUCAUCCACACCAGAGACCUGUACUGUCAAGGAGCAAAACCUCCUCCUCUGCAGGGCUGUGAGGGCCGUCUCUGCCUCACCGUGUGGGAGGCCUCAGAGUGGUCCAAGUGUUCGUCAGACUGUGGGCAAGGUGUUCGGGAGCGGACAGUGUCGUGUACAAACCCUCAGGGUCUAUGUGAUCCUCUGUCCAAGCCCACUCAACAGGAGCCCUGUGAGGACCACUCCAAGUGUUACGAGUGGAAGACUGGAGACUGGUCCAAGUGUUCGUCAUCCUGUGGGAAGGGCCUGCAGUCGCGAGUGGUCCAGUGUAUGCACAAAGUGACCGGUCGUCAUGGUAACGACUGCCCAGUGACGCUGAGACCACCGACCUACCGACCCUGUCACCAUGGUACCUGCAACGAGAAAGUCAAUGUGAACACCAUCACCUCCCCCAGGCUAGCUGCUCUGACCUACAAAUGCAUGGGGGACCAGUGGACGGUGUACUGUCGCGUGAUCCGAGAGAAGAACCUCUGUCAGGACAUGAGGUGGUACCAGCGCUGCUGUGAAACCUGUAGGGACUUUUAUGCCAAGAAAAUACUGCACAAGAGCUAAUGACCAAAUGCACCUACUUUUCCUCCAGAUCGCGCUCCUUUUUGUAAAUGUUUUUAAUAUUGUUAAAUGUUAUAAGAAAACAAUUUCUAUUAUUGAUGAAACUUUUUGUAUUUAAAUAAGAUAAUGGCAAGUACACACAAGUGUACAUUUUAAAUGGGCUCAUAAACUUUGGUUUUGGUGAAGACUUGAAAAUGUCCAAUAUUUCUUUUGCUGUACACCAAAAAAAAAAAAAAAAAUUAUAAUGGGGGAGCCUUUAGGAUGCUGAUCUAGGCGGCUUUAUUGCACAGAAUGACUGAAAAGAAGUGCUUGAUUUUGAAGUAGACUUUCUGGCAGGUCUAUCAGACACCGUGGGAUUAUGAGUUAGCCAGAGCUUUCCCCUUCCUGUCUUCACUAAUUAUGCUCUUCUUUGUAUCUUUUACUCUGUUGUACUGUAUUAUAGCUAUAUGUUGUAACUAGUAAAUAUGUUUAUACAUAAGUAACAUGAUGAUACUUAAGUAUUAAUUAAGUAUACUGUAAUAAUGUGUAAGUCUUGAUCAGGAGCCAUGGUAAAAUACUGUAGGAUUACAGUGACUCAGCCAAGCUAAUGAUAGGAGACCCACUGAUCCACAGGUCAGUUUGAGGGCCGUGGAAAGCUCAUGUAGCAGAACAUGGUGGAUGCAUAAAACAUACACACUAGGGGCCCCCUCAGACAGAAUCAGGCGUUGCAGUGAUUGGCCGCAGGGUUGUGGGGCAUUAUGGGAGUGUCAUUUCACGGCCUGUUAGUUUGCCAUGAUGUUAUGAACCCUAAUCCCGGCUGAUCCAAAAGGUGGCGUCAGUACAACUCAAAGCAAAGUGCGCACCACCAUUAAAGGACAAAAAGAGACGCUGCUAAGUUUCUCUGCUACUGGCAUGUUGUACCUGCAAGUGAGUAUUUGUCCACAGACAGAUUCAAACUUCAUAGCAAACAGCCAGGAUGCCAGCCAGAUUUGAAACAUGACGUUUCAAAAAAAGGUGCAGCAGCCUCCGCUCGCUUACUUACUGCAUUCAAGAAGAUGGAAUGAUCCGACAUCUGAUUCUGUCUGAAAGGGCCCUGUUGGUACAUGGUUGUUUUAUUUUCAGUCCGUUAAUGGAUUUAAAGAUUUUUUGCCAAUAAUGUUACUCUUUAUUCUGAGAUUCACUAAGAUCAACAGUGCGACCACAUAAUGCUAGUAAUAUGAGCAGUAACCCAUACAGUGUGAGAAGUGACCCUUUUCACUGGCUGUGUCAGUAAUCCUCAUCCCGACAGAGGGCAUGCCAAAGCUUGCUUCAACUGCAUUGUGUUUCAACACAUGAUCACAUGUGACGGCACAGCAGUCGCAGCAGGGCUGUUCAUUGUGCCUGCAAGCAAGACUAACCACAACAGUCCAACUGUGGCUGAGCAUAUAUUCUUUAUUCUCAUGCAGCACAGAUUUUAGAUUAACAUCAAAAUAAGAAUGGCUGAUUCCUACCAAUUACAUAUCUACAGCUGUUUUCUGUUAAAUAACUGUAGCCAUUAGCAACAGGAAUCUGUUCAUUGCUCCUGAAGUAUCUAGUUUUUAAUGCACUGUUAUCUGAUGCUAACUGGCCUGUGCUUUGUGAAUAGGGCUUCACACAGGCUAGAACUGGCAACCCAUGUUAGAGAUGCAAAAGAGACACCGCUGUUCCUCCUGGUGCUACUCUUUAGGAUAAAAAUCCAACCAGCAUGUUGAAGGGCACCUAGCUCUGCAUCGCUCUGCUGUCUCAAGCUGCCUGUCAAAGCUACACAUGAGCUAUUCCUCUGCUGUACUCUGCAAAUAAGUACAGCUCAUCACAUCAGAAGACUCUUAAGUGACGGCUACAUAUGAUAUAUGUAUAUGAGGAUAUAAGGAUGUGACCAACAGGGUUAGCCAAGCUAGCGCUACUGUUGCCAAGCUUCUCCACUGGCUCUUAUUAUCUUCUUACUUAUAUAUGCCGGCACAUGGUAGCAGUCAUUUAAGAGGAACCUAUAUCUCUUCCUUCGACUUGUUUGUUGACAAAUCCACCAGCUCCGCCUGCCUCGUUUGCACUUUGACAUCCGAUCAAAAUACAGACAGAAUUGUGAUGAUUAAAACACUUAUUAAACAGCAGGUGUAAAGGUCCAUUAAAAUAGGUCAGACAAGAUGACAGAGACACAGGUUACGUCUUGUGCCAGGUGGAAAUUUAAGUUUCCACAUUAAAGAAGGUUAAAGUGAGUACUACUGCUGCACAUGUGAAAAAUAUUAGUAUAAAGCCUUUCGUGGCUCAGGAGGAAGCUGCAUGUAAGCGGUGUCACACAGUGGCUGAGCUGCAUUGUGGAUCAUGUCGGCACCAGGUUUUGAAAAGAAAGAAUAUUGUGUGGAAUGUAAAGGGGAUAUCUGCUUUUUUAAACUGAGUCCAAUGGUGUCAUAGGACUGUAAUGUUAGACCAGUGGACUGCUUUUAACAACCUGGUGCCCACAUUACCCACAAUGCAGCUUAGCUACUGAGUGACAUCACUGGAGACAGUGUAUCAGAUUAUAUGCAGCUUCCUCUGAAGCCCCAAAAGAAUGUAUACUACUCAAUUCACACAUGCAGUAGUACUGCACAACAACUGUAAACACACUUUAAUGUGUAAAAUUUGAAUGCAUUGUAUAAGCUUGUCUGUACUGAUAAGCAAAGAUCAAGAAGGUAAAUGAGAUUCAACCUGUCAUCAUUAUCUUUAAACAGUAACAUGCUUCCAAACAGUACAAACUUCAUCUCAGCAGUAGAUAUGUGUCGUCAGCAGCUGUCAACCUUUUUCACAUGAUCGUGGAGCUAACGUGUGUCCGACUGUCCUCAGUCUUUUCCAAGCAGUUGAAUGGUGCUAUCUUAUGACCUGUUUCACUAAUGUGGAAUUCAGCUUAUUGUCAGUGAUGGUCCUAUUGUCAUUGUUAACAGUCAUUUGUUUUUGUAUGUUGUUGGAUUAUUUAAUAACAUGUCUUGUAUUGAUGAGUCUUUUUUGCCGAUGUAGUGCAACUAUGCUUAAUUAUUCCCGUACUGUACUUUUUUAGUUGCACAUACAGUAUGUUUGGUACAUAAACUGCCACUAAAUGUAUUUUAUGGUGCUGAUUUUGAACUGAGUAAAUAUUUUGUUUAUACAGGGAUUUAA